UCGCAAGACAAUAAGCCUGGUGCGGGGCGGCGGUGAACCCAGCGUCGGUCUUGCGCCGUAGGCAGACCAGGGCCCAUCCUCUGGCCUCUCACCCUGUUCAAGCUUCAGGGACGCCUGGAAGUGUGCCUUACUUGAAAGCAUCAGGCAAAGAAGUGAAAAUUCCAAAGGCCCAUCAUGAUAUGAAGCCCCGACAUGAGCAGUAACUUCUGCAGCAACGUGUCAGUGACCAUGAGCGUCAGCGAGGUGUCCACUUUCCCCCUGACUCUGGAGCAAAAAACCGGCUUUGCCUUCGUAGGGAUUCUGUGUGUCUUCCUGGGACUUCUGAUUAUCAGAUGCUUCAGAAUUUUAUUAGACCCUUACAGCAGCAUGCCCUCAUCCACCUGGGAGGAUGAGGUGGAAGGGCUGGAUAAGGGGACGUUUGAAUAUGCUCUUGCAUGAGGAACCCCAAAGGAGGAC